AAAAUGCACCUUCUUGGCUACAUCUGGAUGCUGAGCUGUUGGACUAAAAGUGCCCAGGCUGAGGCUAUCCUCCAGCAGACUCCGAGAGAAAUACUGGCGGCCAGAGGCGAGGAUAUCGAACUUAUCUGUAACCUGAAGAGGGGCGCGCUCAAUGAGGUCUUCUGGUACAGGCUGGACGGAAACUCCCAGGUCCAUUUUCUGAAGUCUGCCUCUGUCCUGAACAGACAGGCCUCAGGAGAGGGAAUAACCGGGCGGUUCAUUUUAACCAGAGAUACCUUUCGACUGUCGUUCAGUUUAACCAUAAAAGACACGCAACUGUCAGACAACGGCACCUAUUACUGCCUGAUGCUCAGCUCCUACUCCAUAUCUUUCGGAGGUGGAAGUGUGGUCACAGUAGUUCCAGAACGAAAGAAAGUAACUUCUCCGCCUCCGACUACUAAACGCCGCAGAAGCCAUCACUUCAGCUACCCCAAGGUGCGAAACAAGAAGCAAACGUGGAAUCAUGGGUACGUGUGUAGCUGGAGUAUCUGGGGCUCUCUGACUGCUUGCAACCUCCUGCUCCUGUCCUCCAUUGCCUUUGUUGUCAUCAAACACAAGAUCCAGAUCACAAUUGGGGUUGACGUGGAGCUGGGGAUGGGUGGCGUGCUUAUCCUGACUUUGUUGUCUUUUGUUGAUUUUAAGGAUCAUCUCCUUGUUUACUUAUUUAAUUUUGCCUAA